CUAUGAAAUUUUACAGCUUGAAAACCCUUCUAUGGCUACCGAUCCCAUGGAUCCACAUUACGAACAAAUUCUCAGAGAUGAGGUAACUUAUCUCCAUUCUCUCUGGCACCGGGGCCCACCUAGACCUGCCCCAGCCUCUCCCGUCCCCGCCCCCGCCCCCGCCCCGGACAGCCUUCACCCUUCCAGUACCACACAAUUCAAGAAGGAGAAAAAACCCAGACGCAGAAGAGGCCGAAAAAACAAACAGAAGCUGAAAAGCCCUAACCCAGAAUCUAAACCUUCCGCCGGGACCGAAUGGCCAUGCGCCUCACCUCCGGCACCCACAGCCGACUGGGUUCCUUUCGAAACACCUUCCAAUCAAACACCUAAUUUAAUUUCCCCCGGAGCACAGGAGAUAUUUUGGGCUAAACAAGCCCACCAGAAGGCUUUGGGGGCUGUAACUGAGUUUAUCAGAUCCAAAUAUAUUGACGACGACGGUGAUGUCAUUGAUAGUAGCGACGGGGAUGAUGAUUUGAUGGGGGAUGAUGAUGGGCCUGUUGGGUAUAGCUUCUUCGUCAAGUUGUACAUGGAGGACGUUGAGUUGAGGGAAUAUUACAAGAAGAAUUACGCAAAUGGCGAGUUCAUUUGUUUGGUGUGUGGUGCAGUAGGCGGCAAGAAGACUUGCAAGAGGUUUAAGAAUUGUGUGGCGCUUGUGCAGCAUUCUAUUACCGUAGCUAGGAUAAAGAAGCACGCCCACAGGGCCUAUUCUCAGGCCAUUUGCAAGAUUCUUGGUUGGGACAUUAAUAGACUUCCUUCCAUUGUUUCGUCCUUGGCAGAUAAAUCAGUUGAAGUGCAGGGGAAUUUUAAUAAUGGUGACUAUAGUUCAAUUGUCCUUGUCAACAAUGGCGAAAUUGUCCCAGGAGGAUCUAUAGCUCCCGAACCUUUUCCGGAUGAAGGCCAACAAAACAUGAAUUCUUUGACAUCUCCCAAUGCCAAUGAAAAGGAAGAUCUUGGCAAGGUGGUUGCUGAUAAAGUGGAUGAGCCUGUGAAAGACCUUUUCAAGGUGAUUGCAGGUAAUGCGGACGAGCCUGUGGAAGAUCUUGACUGGGUAGUUGCAAAUAAUGUUGAUAAGCCUGCAGAGGGGGCUACUGAGACAUUCGAUAUAAAUACCGCCGCAGAACCCUGUCACUGUCACACUCCCAAAUCCCCUCCUCAUCCUCCUCGUCCUCCACAGCGGUGGUUGAUUCGCUGCCACCAACAAGACAACCUUUAAGCUAUGAAAUUGACGAGGAUGAAUACGAAGUAGGAGAAGAGGAAAUUGAGGCCGAAGUUGAAGAAGAAUUAGCUGAAGAAGAAGAUGAAUUUGGAGAAGACUUGACUUAAGCUGGAAGAAAAUCAUCAAAAUGGCCAACUUUCAUGGAACUUGAACCAAAAUACCUUUUGGGAUUUUUCAUCUUAGAUUUUUUUCCUCCAUAUAAUGUUCAUAGAAAGCUAAGAUGUAGUUUCAUAUUAUGUUUAUAGAAAGAUAAAGAUGUAGUUCAGAAUCAUUACAUGUUUUCAGAGAGGAGUUCGAGAUAAGUAGUUGUCUGUUGGCUACAUUAUAAACUGCAUUACUACUGUUAUUUUAUUUUAUUUUAUGUAGGAAUAUGGAUUAAAGUUUUCAAAGGCUAACCUUUCUGUCA